AUGUCGUCUCGAUUGUUUCGUGCCCAAUUAAGUGACGAUGUGCAACGAUCGAUCGAGCUGCUGGACAAAGUGCUCUCCGAGUACGACGAGCACGAAACAGAGGGUGAAGGUGACGGUGGUGGAGACUGCAGCGGCGACGGCGACGGCGACGGCGACGACCAAGUCAACGGAGGCGGAGGCAGUGGAGGAGGCGGUGGAGGAGUCAGGGGCGUUGGAGACGUCGGGGAUUGUGGAAGCAGCACAGAACCGAGUAUCGGUCUCACGCCCGACGACGAGAGCCCGUCCUUAGAAAUAUCUAAAUGGUCGAGGAUAAUUGUCGAAACGACGAUGAAAGCGAUUUAG